AUGAACACCUUCCUGUUAUCCGCCCUGUGCCUCCUUGGAGCCUGGGCCACCCUGACAGGGGGAGUCAUCGUGAAGGAUGGAGACUUCUCCUUUUCUCUGGAGUCGGUGAAGAAGCUCAAGGACCUCCAGGAGCUCCAGGAGCCUAGGAUCCCUAGAAAUUCUGGUGGACUCAUCGCUCCCAACCUUUGUAGCUUGCCUAAUUUUCCCGAAGAACUCAGGCCUCUUUGCAAGGAGCCCAACGCCCAGGAGAUCCUGGACAGGCUGGGGGCCAUCGCGGCGGAUCCAAGCACGUGUGAGAUCUGCGCCUACGCGGCCUGUGCUGGAUGCUAG